AUGAUAUUUGAAGAAGAAAUUUACGCGGUAAGUCACAUCUGAUUUUUGUUCUCUUUCUCUCAGUUCUCGAUUUCAGCACUAUGAAGCCGAUAACUCAUUCCAUGGUCAGGACACAGAAGCUGCCAUUCCGAUGAUCCACGUAGUAAAGCACGAGCAAUCGGAGGAAUCCGAGACUCGCGCGCACAGCAACUUUUGGAUUCCGGUGAUUUCAUCAGUCGCAUUCCUGUGCUUUAUGAUGCGAGUUUAAUUUUCAGCAGCUUCUCUUUCGAAUGAAAUGUGAUUUUUAGCGGUCUCUGCGCUUUUCUAGUCCACAUCAACCACAUUCGACACGUCGAGCAGCAGAGCAACAGUGAAGAUAUCGUCUACACGAUCUACGAUCAAAUGGAGUGCCAAUUCGAGUACUGCGAAGAUCUGGAACGGUUUGUUCCGAGAGAUGUGCACGGAAACAUUUUAACAGUCCUUCGCGAAGAGUCCCAAGAAUUCGACUCAAACUAUAUCUGA